AUGUCUUCCGCCGUUCGACCAAAACGAAGACAAGACAACGGUUAUCAAUCCUUCACAAACUCAAAUCAAAGUCAUAACAACCGAAAUACCAAAAAAUGGAACAAUAAUAAUAAUAAUAGUAAUAAUAAUAAUAGUAAUAAUAAUAAUAAUCAACACCCUGUUAAUAUGCCACAGAGAAAUCAACCUAUUUCUCCACAAGCACAGCCGCCUGUUAGUAAUAAUCAUCAUCAUAACAACACUCCAAUAUCAAAUAACGCUAAACCCGUCGAGCAAACGUUACAUGACGAAGCUUCUGUUGAGCAUAUGCAUGAUCGACUAAUGUUCCUGCUCGGGAUGAAUGUUGUAGUAACGGUCAAGGGCGGAGUAAAAUAUCAAGGUCUAUUCAAAUCAGCUAGUACGAAGGCAGAAUUAAGUGUUGUAUUAAAAAUGGCCCGAAGAGUGCUAACAAAAGCAGAGGAAAAAACCGUACAGAACCGUGUUAUACCUACAUAUCUAAUAAUGGCAAAAGACUUGAUGGAAAUUCAUGCAUGCGGUGUUGAUUUUACCACAUGUGACGGAGAUCGUGAAGGGACAGGAUUAGGAACUGGUUUUAGAACUGAUUCAGAUAUCAGUGGUAGAUCAGAGAUAAGAGAACAAUCAGGAAAUGCUUCUUGGGACCAAUUUGCAGCAAAUGAACAAUUGUUUGGUAUAAAGACAGAUUUCAACGAAGAAAUUUAUACCACAAAGUUAGAUCGAUCUAGAGCUGACUUUAAAGAACGAGAACGCCAGGCAAUCGCGAUAGCAAAUGAGAUUACAAGGUCAUCUACAACGAAUGUUCACAUGCUUGAGGAACGUGGCUUUAUUUUAGAAGAAAACCAAAUGGAUGAGGAAGAAAGAUACGGAGCAGUUGUUCGAAAUCGAGAUCCGAACAAAUAUACGCCGCCUCACCUACGAAAAAUACAAGAACAGCAGUUACAGAAUGGUGCUCCUGUUGUCAAGAAACCAGAGCCUACUAAAGAACCUGCUAAAGAAGUUAAGAUAAAAUCUGCAGAAGAAACUAAACCCACAAAACAAACACAACCCCCAACAACGACUACUACUGCUACUGCUACUGCUACUGCUACUGCUACAACACCACCUGCAACAGCUACUACACAAAAAAUACCUCCAUUUUCUUCAAGUUCAGCGUUGCCAAACCCUGUUCCGAGGAAAGCUGGUGUUGAUGCUGAGGGUAAACCUAUUGAAGAUCAAAUUGUCAAGACAUUCCGACAAUUUGCUACGAAUGAAAAAGAACGUUUACAACAAAGAAUGCAAGCUAUAAAAAAAAAAGAUAUGGAUGAAAAAGUGGAUGAAUUACGAAAAUGGCGUCAAACUUUUAAGCUUAAUUUACCAUUACCACAAGAUCUUCUUCCCAUAAUGACGAAAGAUAAAACCAAACAGCAACAACUUACAGCUGAAUCUGCAACUGCUUUGAAUGAAAAGGAUAAAGAUAAAGAUUCAGAAAAGCAGAAAGACAAGGAGAAAGAAAAAUCGGAUAAAGAGAAAGAGAAAGAAAAGCAACAAGAAAAGGAUAAAGAUAAAGAUAAAAUCAAAGAUAAGGAUAGUAAACCUAAAGAUCGAGUUAUUCAUACUCAAAAUUUGGAACCAAAGAUGAAGCCAGAAAUUAAAAUUGAAGAAGAUAAAUCACAAAAAGCGAACGGAGAUUCGACAGAAUCCAAAUCAACAAAUGAUAAAAUUUCUGAUAAACCUGUAUCCGCAGCUGACAAAGCUCCACCACAAUUUCCUGGCCGAACAUCUGCUGCAACUUCUAAACUCAACGCGAAGGCGAAUGAAUGGAAACCUAAUCCUAAUGCGGCAAGUUUUACACCGAUUACUCCCAAUACACAGGAUAAAAGAUCUCCUGGAUCUUCUCCAUUUUUCGUUAAUCGGCAGUUAAAGAAGAAUACCGCUACGCUCAAAGAUGGCUUUACUCCUUUCCAAAAAGGUAAACCAAUAGCUAAUCCUAGUUCAAUAACGCCUACCUGGCCCUUCGGCAGUAAACCUUUUAGGCAUCAAUUUGCUGUCACAAAUAAUUACGAAGAAGAUAUUUAUGCGCAAGGUACCGUGACUCAAGGAUUCGGAUUCGCAUAUCCUGUUGGGCACUAUCGUUACCCUCCAAACGCACAAUUUGUUAGUGUCCCACCUAUUCCAAUGCAACAAGGCGCGCCUAUACCAUAUAUGCAACCAGGGCAGUUUGUCCCAGGUAUGCCUUUUACUACAGCUCCUAUGCCUCCAACUGGUGCACCCCCUAUGUAUAGUGCACAACUUCCUUCAGUGAUGCCACAACAUUUCGGAUCACAAGGGUAUCCAUCUCCCGGACGUACGCCAAUGGUACCAGCUACUAUGCAUCCUCAAAUGUACCAACCAUAUCAGAAUCCACAUGCAAUGCCACCAAUGAUGCGAUUUCCACACGACAUGGUCCCACACGUCCCACCAAAUGGCGUGAUGAUGGGUCAGAGACCUGUGAUGAUGGAGCCGCAUUAUGUACAACCUGAAGCUGCACCGAUGGAAGGUAUGCCAGCUUCAGAACCAACAACGACUCAAUAA